GGUUGCCCUUCACAUAUUCUGCGCUAAUUCACCCAGUUGGAGCUAUAGCCGGCAAUAGAGGGAUGUGCUUUCCGCCAAUCUGCCAUCCAGCCACUCAUGUGCUGGGCUGCUUUGGCUUGCGCCAGGGUGCCAGCGGCGUGCUGGUGAUCAACACCCUCUAUGGGCUUUGCCUGGUGAUUGUUCACGCCUUGCUGCUGGGCGAGGUGAACCAUGGGGCGGAGGGCGCAGAGCAAGGAGCUCCUGGCAGGCCGCUGCCCUACGGCGAGCGCCGUUUGGCAGGCUACGAGGGCGGCCCUCGCCCCGGACUGCGUGGCGAGCCCGGUGUCGCGGCGAACCACAACGAGGGCGUCGGCUGGCUGGUGCAGCUGCUGGACUUAGACGUGGGCUGGGGCCAUCGCCUCUUCGGCUUCGAGGACGAGAGCGACCUCAUCGCAGGGCUUGUGUACGGCAUCAUUAUCAUCCUGGUGUGCACGUACACCUUCCACCAGAUCAACGCCUUCCGCCCAGGGGGCGAAUGCUUGAACCUGCCCACCGUCAGCCGCUGGUUCGUGGCGUUCAUGAAUUUAGAGCUGCUGUUGUACCUGGGCUUGGUCUUGGUCAAGCUGCCGGUGCUGUGCAAGAUGCAGGCGGAAUUCAUGCCGAACCUCGCCAUGGAGUGCGGAGUGCAGAGAUUCAUGUUCCUGCAGCGCGUGGUGUGCAUGGUCAUUGCCGCCUCGCUGUGCAUCUGGGUCUUCUCCAGCUAUGCCUUCAGCCUCACCUUCGGCAACGUGGCCAUGGACCAGCCGGAGUUUGCCGAUCAGCUGGAGAUGCGAGACGCCGCCUUCACAGGGAAGCUGCCGGAUGGCAUGCCACCCUCCAGCGCCGCCCGGUUGGGUGGCACGGCUUACCAGGCGCCGCGGACCCGGCAGAGCUUGGCUCCUCCGUCCAUGGCUCCGCGCAGUCUUGCAGCGGCCUCUUCCUUCCAGUCGGCACGGCAGACGCCCUACGGCGGCGGCGGUGGCGGGGGAGGUGGCGGCGGAGGGGGCCGCACCUCCUAUCACAUAGGCUCCAUGGCGCGUGCGGGGUCCUCCAUGGUCUCCAGCACCUCUGCGGAUCCGGAGACCCAAGCGCUGAUCAAGCCGCCGCUGCACGUCUUCUGAGGCAAUGCGCGCUUGCGCGUGGGCUUCCGGGCCCCUCAGAAGAGUUCUUUUCUCGGACAACUAAGGGGUGAAAGCCUGGAAUGGUAGG